GGUGCAGUGAAACUUUUGGCCGCGGUGUUGGAUAGCAAUUCCUCCGCAGAAUUGUUUGCUGUUGCUUUAGAGCUGGCCAUUGCCCUUCUCGAAGGUGGCAACGAAACGACACAGCGCCAAUUCCAGCUCUACUUCUCCACGUGUGACGACACAACGCUAUUCGGAAACCUAGGCGACCACUUCACCACAGUGCUGGACCGGUUACAGGAUCAUCGCACGCUGAAAUUGAGGAUAUUGUUACGGCCCUCGAGUACAACUCAUUAGUAAUUGAUUCCGUCUAGCAGUAGUACCAUUCGCAUUCUUCAGAAUGACAAUCCAAAACCAAUAAAUCCAUGAGUGUUUAUAAAUAUGUUACUAAAUAAUAUGUUACUCACUGUUCUUACUGUAGAAAUGAUAAUGCUGUGUAUAAACAUGUAUUCAUCUACGUCUACUAAGACCAUACUGAUCGAGCACUGAGUUCUCUGCUCCAAAGCAGAUUUGAUGUGCACCUAGGCCGCCGAUUGCCGUUUUUCUAAUACCAGACAGCCUAAAACGCGAAUUAGCAGAGCGAAAUGCUACCAGCACUAGUUCUAGUGGUUCAGGAGCAGCACCAGGCGCGAGUGCCUCCAGUGCAGCUAUCAAGGGCUCUGUUUCGGAACAAGAUUUUGCCACUCUCUGUGGAAACAGAGAAGCAUUGAAAGCACUCUCAAGGUGUCAAAGAUUUUUGCAGCUUCUCUGCGAAGGGCACAAUAUCUGGAUGCAGAACUACGUUAGAGACCAGAUAGACAAUUCCGAGUCCGUCCCAGUAGUUCAGCAUUGCAGUGAUUGCGUUAUCAAAAUGUGCAAAGGCACCGAAGACACACUGUGGAUGGAUACUCAGACGGCGGCUUGCCUAACACAGUUAAGGUAUACAUUGAGGACCCACCCCGACAACCACUGGAUAUUUUUCUCAGUCUCCUUCUCGGAUUCUGAGAAUAUGGUGACCGACGUAAACAAAAGAAAUCUUUAAGAUUGAUUAAAUUUAUACUACAAGAAUAUCAUGAGAUCAUAUACCACUUGGGUUUACAACUUGCAAUAUAUAUUAUAUGAACUAUGUAUAACUCUUGUGAGCAUGCGCUAACACACUCGCUCGACCUAUUAACCGAACUAGCGCAAGGUCCUUGCGUAGCAAACCAAGAACAGAUAGCUUUUUCUGGCGUUGUUGAAACGCUGGAUAAGAUCCUAAAAAGCGAGUUUCGGAUGCUGAACAUGCUCUCGUGGUCGGGUGGGGACGACGACGAUGAUAGUUACGGCUUCCCCUAAUGGUCCUCCAUCUUCAGAAGAUAGUACAUGAUCUUAGAAGAGGUGGUCCUCGCUUCCACGAAUCCAUUUCCAGAAGGAUAGUGACGAAGCUGUCUCUCUCAUAAUGAGAAAGAAUGUGUAACAUAUGAGGAUCAUGCUUUUCAAGAGGGGCAUAGACAUAUAGGGUGACGAGCUUUAAGAGGGAAAAAAGGAUACCGAUGCACCCACGUCAUUGCCUGAUGUGCAAAGUGGCGAUACUAGAAUGGCCCACUUUCAACAUGGAGCUGGAGGUCAUCAUCACGACACAAGCAAUACUCUGUCUCAUCUGUUACAACAGCAUUUGAUGGGAGUCAGUACUGGAGAGAGCAGGGGGAAAAUGAAGGAUGGAGGAGUUAUGAGUAUGACCAACAUAUAGAGCAGGUCUAGUAUAACUAAUACUAGAAGCUUAAGUUUUUCACAUUGUCGGUCGUGCUGCGAGUGCGACCCUGCUGCUUAGGCCACUUGCACCAUCACCUCCGUGAAAAACUUCCUUCACCUCCAAUCAAAGGUACAUGGGGAGCAGAAUCAGAACAAGAGCCAGCACUUCUUCUCUGCCAUCCGUGCUCGACUGGUCAGCGUUUGCAGAUGAGUGCGAGGGUGUUCGCACUAUGAAAUUGAGCGCUGUCGCUGCCUUGAAUGCUAUUCUGGAAGCCCGACAAGAAGACGCCAACAUCGGACGGGCACUGGCUUCUCGUUUAGACCCCAAUAUUAAGGCUACCGGUGAAGCAUCCUGAGCGCCAUCCGUCCCUGGCCCUUUUUCUACUUGAGAAAGAAACCCCCAGCAAGUGCAAGGGUGUGCUUACAUCUCCAGUAAAAGGUAGACGCAAACCGUUUGAAGGAAAGCGGUAGCUCUAAGAAUACCUUCCGUCAACGCCUUUUUUUCGCCUACUCUCGGUUCCUGAUGCUCACGGCCAACUACGAUCUCGAAUACGAUUUGCAACUCAUGCACGAUCUCCAAGAUUUCCACUUGAUAUGGAGGAUGUUUUUCUUUCUGUCAGGAACUGUUUCAUCUCGCUGAUGAUCGAGAAUGAUCAUUUGACUUUGAGAUGCACUGAUGAUGAGACCAUCGAGGCUGCCCCUGCUUUUCGUCCCCUUGAAAGUGUGCAGAUAAUGGCUUUAUGCGGAUGCAGUGCUGCGAUUACUAGAUUAAUUUCCUCCUAACACAUACUACUCUACCUCGAUGGUCUGGCUAGAUCUAGAUGGAAAAAACAUCAUUCAUACUUCUUGACAGGAGACCGGGCCUUGGAGAUGCUACAGGCGUUGGAAAGAGCAGCCUCGGUGCACUGGGAGUUGAUUAAGGAUAAUUACGUUGUAAAACCAUCUUGAACAGCGACAUCAGGGACAGCAUCCCCAUCCUUUGAAAGAACAAGUCGCUAUCUACAAUCGUAAUCCGUUAUAAAAAGUUGUUUUGAAAAUGCUGCUUCAAACAGAAUGUUUACGGUGCCUUGCUCCUGUUGCCACUAAGCUCAGAUUCGAAACCGACGAGGACUUCCAAGAAGCAGUGGGGGAAGCACAGGAUAUCUUCUGCUUCAUCCAAUAUUUGGAACUACAGGGAGAACGCAGUGCGAUAGACUUCGUCCGGAAGGUUCGACCUUCAGUGAAUCCAGUGCUUGUAGCUCAGAUGGGAGGUGGGAAGCAAUCCUCCUCGAGUAUUAAGGGUACAGGAAACGCAUCUGGAUCUCCAUCUCCAAAGUCAUCUUCUGGAAGAAGAAAACAAGAAGAAAAAAGCACUUAGAAGAUGAAUUUGAAUUCUGCGAUGCAUUUUCUAUUCCUCGUCUAAGAUUAGUUCCUCGCCACAGCAAGGAGGAGCAAAGAACAGCGACAAUAACGCUACUACGAUGCUUGCAGAUAUGUCACUAUGUGAACAACUAGCGAUGACGGUCAGGACAGAGAACUACGUGGACGCAGGUAGCUACAAUCGCGCUAAAGUGGCGUUUGCCGUCGAUGCGGCCUACAGACAGGCAUUUGAGUUUUUCGAACGCAAUGUGGCGUCGGUAGAGGUAAGAAUACCUUCAACUACGAGCGUAAGUACCACGACUACAACUGGUGCAUUGGAUCAUUAAGGCUCACAGAUGCGAAAGAAAUCUUCAAUGUUGAAGGAAACGGAAAGAGAUGGAUUCUUGUUUUGCGCCCUUCAUCUAAUAAGUGGCGUCUUCUGGUGGAAACAAGAGCAGCAACUACGAAGCAGGUGACGGGGGAAUGCACAGUUGCGGUGGUGGGGGCCGUGAAGAUGGCGGAAACCAACAAGGAGAAGGCGCAGUAGCAAUAGCUGUUGGAGGAGGUGAUGGAGGAGAGAACCAAGAGCACAUCAAUGACGGCAGCGCAGGCGAUGGUGAGGCAGCUCGGUCAGACGGCGGUAGUGAGCAACAAGCUGGUGGUGGAGAUAUGUCUGGUGGAUAUUCUAGUUCUGGUGGUGGAUCUUCCAGCAGUUCAAGCGUCCUCCGCAGAGUAUUCUUCGUCAAACCUUUAGCAUGUAAAUACGCGCUAGAAAGUACGCGAAAGGAGUUUUUGACUUCAGUCCCCGUAGGAACGAGCCCACAGGCGAAGUUGCAGUAUUUGAUAGAGUUUGGGCGGACUGUGUUCAAAGAGUGUCGAGCAACGCAGCGGUUAUGUUUUAUCUCGGUGUGGAUUCCGACACUCCUGGGUUUUUCUUGUCGUGGUGGAGGAAGACGAGGAGGAGGUCAGAUCGUUAUGGACGAGGGUAGUGGUACAAGAACAGUACAAUACAUAAGUGUCGCGUCCGCGUCGUGGUAUACUUUGUUAAUGUAGGGAAAGCGAAAGGCAUCUUCUUCCACUUCCUGAAAAAUAUGAACAGGAGUUCAUCGACGCAGCUCUAUCAGCUUCGGAAUUCGCUUCUUGCCGAUUCGCAGGGACGCAAUUACAAUCUCAAGAUGGAAGUAGAAAGAUGACAUAGCAUAGCUUUAGUUUUAGUAGUGUUGUAACAAUCUUCUACCCCAUUGCCCUUCUAACAAUCUUCUAUCCCCUUCUAAGCCUCAAAGUCGUGCGCAUCCGUUGCAUUUUUUCUUUCGGAAUGGGACACGGAAUUUGCAGCUUUUGACGACGUUGAGUCUUGCCUUGGCAAUAGUGAUCAACCUGCUUCUGGUAGUCUCGCUCACGCGUGGAAAUGCAGGGUUGAGUGCAGUGGAUGCACAGCAAGCACACCAGGGUGAAGAGUCUCACCCAGACCCAGGUGCUCAGACCGGGGAACAAGGAGGCGCAUCUUCGUCAGAAGGUGUAUUUACUAACACUUUAGGCAGUCUCUUCUUCCAGCACGGACAGCACGAACAUGAUAGUCUGCACGAGGGUGGAGGGUUCUUUUCCAGCUUUCUUGAUGACGGAGAAGAAGACCAAUCAGAUCCAUGGUCAACUAACAUUAACAACAUCGUUCCCAACUUGAUCCCGAGGAGACCUUGGAAGGCUUUUCUGUAUGCCUUAGACGCAGGCUUCGCUACGCUGCACCACGUGCGGGCUGAGGAUUUGGUUUUUGGAUGUGGUAUUCUCUACUGGCUAGUGGCAGCAGCGAGGUUGCUUGUGAACGUGCUACUUUAUCUGCCUAUCCUGCUAGAGGAGGAACUCGCUGGAACUACCGAAGUCAGUUUAAAAGACUUGACUUCGGUAGUGAUGAGGACAACCAAAGCAGCGUUUUUCAAGGAGCCUUUACUUAAGGCUCAGCUAUUCGAAAACUCAAAAUAACCGAGUUACUGACUGAAAUAAGGGAGGUAGCUUAACAUCAAGGCUACUCUUCCUUCUCGUCAGUAUCUCGCUUAUUCUGAUCAGUUACUUGCUUAUUUCAGUUUUUCGAAAUUCUUGUAACAAUCGUUCAUUUCGUCUACAAGUCUAAGGGAUUUCUUGCUGUGCAGUCCUUCCGAGGAUCAUGGCAUGGUUGGAAAAAAUGCAGAAGAUGACAAUGGUUUUGAAUUGCUUUGACGCACUCGUCUAACCUUCUGCGAGGAUUUAUUCUCUUCGUCUUCGCGUCACUUGCCCUACUUCGCGGUCGCGCCGGCUUCAACUUUUACGCGUUUAUGCUGUUCGACAUCUUUUUCACGCACGAAGUGAUGCGCAACUUACUCAGAGCUGUGACGUUACCAUUACGACAAUUGCUCUACACCACGAUCAUGAUGGCGAUAGUGAUGUACUCAUUCGCUUUGACCGCGUUUUUGCUCUACGGGCCCCAAGAGUACCUGGCAUUCGAGGUGGGAAACAUGGUCGAAAUGUUAAGGCUUCUCCUAAAAAUGGUCUCCCAUGUAUUUUGCGAGAAGUCAUCCUGGAGGAGAGGCGUUCUCCUCAUGCGCUCCCAUGUUGAGAGAAGUCAUCCACUCAGGCGAGAGGCUAUUGAAUGGGGAACAAUUCUUCAAGGGGAAAAAGCAGCCUCCAGGAUGUACCAUGCCAAGAGGGAUUAGCAUUAUAGGGUGAGCCCAUCUAAAGGUGUUUUCUUUCUUCGUCGUCACGGUUUACAACGUGAUGGUGCCAGGUCCGACGUUGGGCAUCACUAGCGAUGCGGAAUUCCACAACAGGUUUGCCUUCGACAUUCUCUUUUACCUGGUCAUCGAAGUCGUCUUGAUGAACAUCAUCUUCGGUAUCAUCAUCGACACUUUUGUUACGACUGCAAACAGUAUAAAAAUAAAUAUUUAUUCACUUUGUUAGAGUUAGUUCUAGAGCUAGAAGUUGAAGCAAGCGCAGCUGCACCACUUGCGCCGCAUCAGAUAGAAUGUUGGAAAGAAGCGCAGCUGCACCACUUGCGCCGCAUCAGAUAGAAUGUUGGAAAGAAGCGUGCGCCACAUCAAGUUAAAGAAACUGAAACGUGCGUCACAUCAACAGUUAUACAGAAACUGUUGAAAGUCUGCUCUAACGAUAGAGCCCUCCGAGACGCAACGAACUCGCGACAGCAGCACUUGCAGAACUACUGCUUCAUCUGUGACAUGUCAGCCACUCACAUCGAACACUCCCUCCGUAACUUGAAGGGGGCUGCGGAAAUGGCGGGUGGAGGUGGUAUCUUGAAAUUGAAAUGCUAUUCGCUUUAAGUAUUUUUAUGUUGACACACACAUUUUCUUUGUUGGACUUGGAAUUUGUAGUUCGUCUACAUCUGCUUGCUUCCUCUACUAGCUUUAUGACUAUGAUCAUCGCCAUAGUAUUAGUAGUUUAUCUUAGUUUUGCUCUGGGCGAAUCGCUCAUCUUUCCACUGUCCAACCACAAAGAAAUAGGUCGAAACAUCGUGUGCUUGCGCAUGCGCAUGUGCUUUUGAUAUUAGAAAUAUAUUUGAGACCACGUCACAAUAUCAAUAGCGAUAAGGAAUUAUAGCACUAUGAAUGGUCUAUGGUGCACGAAGAACCAACGCAGUCUGACCUAUGCACGAAGAACCACUAUGAAUGGGAUAUAAUAAGGAAUACGACCACUAUGAAUGGGAUAUAAUAAGGAGUAGCACUAUGAAUGGUCUAUGCACGAAGAACCAAUCAUUUCCGACCAAAAAAUAAGGUGCUUCUGGCCGUGAAGGAAUGGCUACGUCCUACGCGGAGCAUAUUGCGAAAGAGCACAAUAUCUGGAACUACAUGUUCUUCCUUUUCUACUUAUGGCCAGUAUGUACUAGUACUUCAGAGCUCAAUCUUGUUUAGAAGAGAAAGACAAUCACAAUGUCCUUACCUCCGAUGACAGAGAUUAGAAGAGAAAUGCAUCCAAUUCCCAUCUUAGAAGAAGAGAAAAGCAUCAAAAUGUACUUCAGAGCUCAAUCUUGUUUUUUAGAAGAGAAAAGCAUCAAAUUUAGAACAAGAGAAUUCAAUAACAUCCAACUCACAUGAUCUAAUCUCUGUCCUCAGCAAGGACCCGACUACGUUUACCGGACCCGAGCAAGCUGUCUAUCAGAUGCUAAAGAAAGACGACCUGUCCUUUUUCCCGGUCCAUCGUGCGCUGUGCCUCGAAGGAGGGAAAAAGAGAAGGAAUCGACAUUAAUUUCUAUAGUGAAGAUCUCUGUCGGCGUGUACGUAACAAACAAGUAAAGCAACAGCGAAGCACAUUGAAGAUAAGUAGUCAGAUGGGAGUAGAUUUCAUUCAAAAAGAGAUGAGUCUCCUGUACGUAGUACCUAUUCGCGUUCUAGUAAAAGUUCUAUAGUUAUAGACUUGUUUUUUCCUGUACUCCAGAUUGAUAGACUCCAAUGACUCUUGCUAGAAGUUUGUAUAUUCAAAGAAUUUUUUUUUUUCUCGUUAAUAACUUCUCAGUAGUCAACAUCAUGAAAGAACGUUACCAAAAAAGCCACAGAACGGCACAAGCACAACAAGCAUGUUCGGUUACGACAAAUCCAAUUCUGCGUAGUUAUGAGUUACAUUAACGAUUUCAUCGAGGAAUAAACGUCCUCAGUUAUUCCAAGCAAAUUCUUCACUGAUGUCUUAUUUUUUCCUUUCUUCAACUUGUAAAUGUAGUCGUAAUAACUAAGUCAGGAUUCUUGUAACUGCAAACAGCAUGAUGCUACUAGCGAUAGCGGUAGCAUUAAGUGGGAGAGACUGGUUGUCUGCACGACUGAAAACCCAUUGAAGACUGCCUAGCAAAUGGUUUUGUUGCACUUGCAUUCUUCAAACAAGAGCUCCGAAGAUUACUGGGAUCUUAUACCUUGGGAACAAGAGUAUUUCUAUUGAUCCAUCGAUGGAAGCUGAUGUCCAUGCAUGACUGUCUGGGUAGUUGUGGUUCAUAUGCUCUCAUAACUCAUACUGAUAGAAGUCGUGAUAACGAUGAGGCAAAGUGAUAACGAUGAGGCAAAGAGUUUCUUCUAAU